AGUGAACACAAUUCAUGGAGAUAGAAAGGAAGAAAGGCUAUGCCUGGGCUGCCUCUGCCGGACUCAACGCCGCUCUUGCCGCCAUUUCAGCGAAAUUCUUUUCAUCCCAGUUGAAAUAUGUUCUGGUUAUAUUCUUCAACGUCAUAAUGUGGGGAUGCUACGUUAACAGUAUGAGGUCUCUCUCGUCUUUACAAGCUACUGUGACAAACUUUGCGACCAAUUUUCUCUCGUCUGGGUUGUCUGGUUUCUUUCUCUUUGAGGAGGCACUGCCACUUAAGUGGUUUGCAGGCGCUGUGUUAAUAGUGAUUGGCGUUAUAAUUCUAAGCAAGUCGAGCAUCGACAAGAAAACACACACAAGUUGAGUGUGGAUUUAUGUACAAUCCUUGCUCAAUGAGGCCAAAUUACUGAGGAGAAAGACUCGGUUGUCUGAUUCAUGUCUAAAAGGUUCGGCUCUUGGUUGGUGGAAUGAGAACUUGAGAUGAUACAUUCUUUGUAUUCUACAAGAAAUGCUGUUGUUCAAGUCGGGAUCUGUCAUUUUCGUUUGUGCAUGUUCAGAAUGUCUUGGUUUUUUAGAGGUUGCAUACACUAUAUAACUGUGUUUUUUUACCACGUUGUCCAUAUGCUUGCUCGCUGCUAAUUUGAUUAACACAAUUUUUUUGUGAGAUAGCCUAAUCGUUAGGCGAGUCAAUCCAUCAUAUUUUUUGAACAAAAAUGUAUUACCUAAUAUUGAGAAAUGGCACAUGUUUGUUUAAUGUUA